GUACAAUUGAAAGUCACAUGAUUGAUCAAUACACUAAAACUUAAAAAAAAAAAAUAAUAAUCGUGUGUGUGCAAGUAUAUGAUGUGUGUGUGUUUGUAUCUGUUUGUUUCUUUUUCAUACCACAGGAUCCCACAGCAAGGUUAAAUGAUCACGUCAACCAGAAGAGUGUCUCCUGAUGCACCUGAAGUCCGGAUCUCCUUCAGCCUUGACCACACAUCAGACGCACGAGAUGCCGACGAUAUCGCUCAAACGUUCCCGGAUCUCGAACAACGACUUCAGCCGGUAUCGCCGUGCGUGUCCCUGAAGGAGAGCGUGCACGUGUACAAGGAACACUGCAGGAUGGCGAGGGAGUUCCACCAAGUCAAACACGACAUCGCCGCCCUGGAGGAACGCAAGUGUCAGCUUCUGGCCGAGCUGGUGGAGGACCAGAAGGUGGCGGCCGAGAUCUCCCGCCCCGAGGACGACGAGUUCCGGCGUCUGUCGGAGGAAAACCGCACGCUAGUGACGGCGCACGGUGAGCGGUCGCGCCAACUGCAGCGGCUACGCAGGCCCGACUCGUCCUGACCACACGCUCACCUGGAAACUAGAAAAUCAUUUUUUUUGUAACGAUCUUGGCACAAAUGCGACAUUGUUGUCGGUUUGGUGCUGGGAUGUCGGCGGCCAUCUUUGUGGAAGCAGAGAUUAGCAUUUAAGCGCGUGUUAACCGCUAGGUUGUUUUUUUUAAUGGGAGCUGCGUAGAGGCAGCCCGAGGUGCUGUGAUGUGGUCCAAACAGAGUUUAAGGCGGCAUUUGUGCAGUUGAAAACGGGCCUCGAUUAUAUGUGUGUGCAGUAUGUGCACGGUGCGUUUGAGGAAACUGGGAUUUCCGAAGGUGUACGCCGCUCGAAGUCAGACUUCCUACUUGCUCCCUUUUAUGCGUCGUUGUGUAGUUUGUCAGGAUUAUUGUUAGAUUGUGGGGGUGUAGGGUUGACUUUAGGAGAUUUGGCUUUAGGUUCAGGGGGUUAAGGUUAGGAUUAGGUUAUUUUAUCAUGAAAUGGUUGUUGUUCAGGUUUAGGUGAUGAAGGUCAUGGUUAGGGUUGUUUUUAGGUUGUUAUGGUUAGGUUUAGUUACAUCAUGCAUAGGGGGUUAAAAUAGGGUAAGGGGAAUAUUAGGUGCCAAAGAGUAGCCAAAAAUUGUACUCAUGUACUGUUACUUUACAGUAAUCUGACUCAAGUAAAAAGUGGUCCGCCAAAUAAUUACUCAAAUAAGAGUAAUGUAUUUAUUUUAAAAAGUACUCAAGUAACUGGUGUGUAGUUUUAAGAUUUUUAUUUUUUUGUUUGUUUGUUUUUUAUCACAGCAUGAAAAUCAAAUUAACAAAAAUAUGAACUGGGCAGUGUUGGGAAAGUUCAUUUUCUACGCAAACUAGUUCAAUGUUCAGUUCACCGUUCCAAAAAUGAACUAGUUCAGUUCAUAGUUCACAAUUAAAUUUUUUUGAAAGCAAUUCACCGUUCAAAAAAAUGAACUAGUUUAUAGUUCUUUUUUUGUUGCUGACGGGCUAUUUCCCUCAAAAUAUUGCCAUUUCAUUUCCUCAUUGUUGCCACCCAUUCAGCCCAGACUAGUAGCCAGUAGUCUUUUUUUUCAAUGGGGAAAUAAAACAAAAACAGGAAUGUUGUCCUUAAUGCGAAUAACAAUAAUACGCAACACAGUGUGAAAGGAACGAUGGUGAAAGGACAAUGAUAACUGCAUAUUACUGACUGUAUUAACAUAUUACACACUAUAUUAACAAAAUAUUUUUUCUUACAAUAAAAACAAAAUUAGUUCCAUAUUAUGUCAGUGUGAUCGUACAGUGUUUUAACUAAAGCAUUCUGAUAUAAAAAAUAAUUUUCCUAGUAAUCAAUUUUUACAAUUAUGUACCAAAGAACACAUUCACUCCCAUUUACAGUGUCUCUGAACGCACCUCGCGGACUCACGGUGUGCACAUGAAUGGCGGCCACACUGACCGGGUUGCCCAAUACGGCGUUUUUACCCCGACAUAUGAAGCCUCGUAUAUAGCUGGGUUUUGUCCUGGAAGUCCCAAACAAAACAGCGCAAACGGCUCCCCAGGCACAGAUUAUAUAGAAAAUCGCGAACUUGGAAGUAGAGCUCUUGUAGGCUGAAAUGCGGACAUUUUUAGGCAGACACAGAUGACAACUCACAUAGCUGUUGAUGUUUUUUCUAGUUUGUAAAGUGAACAUAUAUUGAAUGUGAGGCCAGCACUGCGAUCGUUGUUUCUGCCAAGCUUCACACAAAAAUCUGUCACAUAGUAAACGUUGCUUGUGUCUGGGGCCGUGGGGACUUCGCACGCGGUCAUGUGACUUCCUGGCUCCGUUUGAUGAGUGAAAUGAAGUCAAAUGUCGCUAGUGAUUACGUUGGAUUGGCAAAACAGUCAUGUGCGAGGCGCCAGAGGCAGAAUUCUCUUUGAUGACCCAAAACCAAUAGAUCGCACGAUAACAAUAAGAGAUAAAUACAAAUAAAAAUAGCUAGGGGAAUGUAGCUCAAUGUAACCGAGUAAAAGUAGUGUUUCUUCUUCAUAAAAAUAGUCAAGUACAAGUUAAAAGUAUGUUGCAUUACAACUACUCUCACAAAUAAACUUUAUUCAAAAAGUUACUUCAGUAAAUGUAACAGAAUGUAUAGCGUUUUGGUUCGGGUUUGGGUUAGGUUAUGGUUAGUUUUAAAGGGAUAGGGUUAUGUGUGUGCAUGCAUGAGUACAUUGAAACACAGUCGGAUAUGCGGAACUCGAGAGUAGAUGUAAAUAGUCGAAUGGUCCACCCAGUAAGUCAUAAUCGGCUGCCUGAGUCACCCAAGCCCCUCCAUCUUAUUUGCCAGUCCACUUCCUGUUACGGCGAGAAGGAAACGAGGCGAGCUUGCCAUUGGUUGUCGGAUGAAGUGGAUGCAAGCACUGAUGUGUCGAAGCUGAAACGCUCAACAACAAUCUUUGAAUAAAGCGAACUUUAUUCCAA